AUGAACCACGACCAGCUCCCCGCCGCAACGGCUACGACGAGCCCGGCAGUGUUGCCGCAACCGGUGAAGGCAAUGACGGCCUUCCACCUUUGGCGGAAGGACAACGAAGACCACUACCGCACGGCCAACCCCUGGGUUGGUGGCACAGAGCUCAGCGCUUUGCUCGCCCUCGGCUGGCGUCGACUCGACGCCACUACCAAGAAGAGAUAUGAGGAGCAGGCCGAAGCUGACCAGCAGCGUUUCGACCGCGAGUGGGCGUACUACAACGCUCGCCUCCAGAGGAUGACCCACACCGAGCCCACUCCCAUACAGCACUAA